CAAAUUGUCUUAGUCCCAAUCCAACAUUUUAAUUUUUAUUCAUCCUUAUUUUUUUUUUUAUUUAAUUUAACACUAACCCUUUAGGGAUACUAAUUUUCUGAUUUGUGUCUACAUUUUGAUUUUCAAGUUCAUUUAAACCCCUACUUUAUUCUACUUUUAGUUCAGCUGCAUAGCAUGUUAUUUGAGACUUAGCUUUUGAUUCACAGAUUACCUCUUCUAUAUUAUCUACUCUUUGUAGACUAAAUAAUACUUUUUGAAUCACUCAAGCUUAACUUUAGAUAUAUAUUAUUUAUAAUAUCCGAAAUCCAAGCAUAAUACGUACAUUAAAUUAAACGAGUACAAUGCAGCAUAAAUUGAGUAUUGUGUUAUUGUUUUGUAAAAUAAUUAUAGUUUAUAGCAGCCAAAGUCUCGUAAGUGUCAGUGACGAUGAUAUAUUGCAAUUAAUAAGAGACAAAGAUAAAUUAAUUGUUUUAUUCUCAAAGCCACAAUGUGAUGUUUGUAAUAAAUUUGAACGCCACUUGGAAAGUUUACAAGAAGACUUUAAGAAGCAUUUGAAUGCAGUUACAGUAAAGACCAUCAACAGUCAUUUGUCACAUCUGUACAGUCCUACGAAAGAACCUGCACUUGUAUUUUUCAGACAUGGGGUACCAUUGCUUUUCAGUGGAGAACCAGAUGAGAAUGAAAUAUAUGGAUUUUUUGAGAAAAAUCAGUCUCCAGCUGUUAAGGAGCUAACAGACAAGAUAUUUGAACAUAUGACACAAGCUGCUACUGGUGCUACCACUGGAGAUUGGUUUGUCAUGUUCUAUGGUGCCUCAUGUGUUGAAUGUCAGAGGUUGCAUGCUGUAUGGGAAGGUGUUGGAGCAACAUUGCGUGGACGAAUAAAUGUGGCACGUAUAGAUGCAAAUCUUGCUGGAGUUAUUACAGCCAAGCGUUUUAAAAUCACCAAAUUACCAACAUUCCUUUUCUUCCGUUUAGGUAAAGUGUACAAAUAUGAUUUGCCGAAGAGUGAUAUAAAGUCAUUUGUUACUUUUGCACAAGACUGGUACAAGAAUAGUAGAUCUGAACCAGUACCUUUACUUGCAUCACCAUUUGAUGAAUUAGUGGAUUACAGUGUUGUUUUGAUCAAAGAAGUUACAACAUAUGGUUUAGAUAUUCUGGCUAAAUAUCCAUGGAUUUGGCAAAUAGGUGUAGCUGGAUUCGGUUUAGUAGCAGUAACAGCGUUGAUAGCUUUGGUAAAGGCUGGAAAAUCAAAACCUAAAGUUAAGGAUACUAAGAAAGAAAAGAAGAGCAAAUGAGGAGAGAUAUUUCAAUUAACAUGACAUGAAAUGAUGAAGACUAUUAAUUAUAAAAAUAUUUUUUAUUCCAUAUAUAUAAAGUUUAUUAAUAUUUUAAGUAUAUAGUACAAACAUGUAGUUAUAAUACAUAUCUUUCCAACUUAAUGCAAUGAGGUUGGUUUUUCACUACAGGUUUUAAAUGUUGAAUAUGUUCCUAGAUUCAGGUCUGGUGUAAUAAUAUAGAAUAUUAUAUUUAUUUUGGUAUUAAAGGGCAUUACUGUAAAAAAUAGUUAAUUUACUAUUUUACGAUAAUAUUCUGUUUUUUGGAUAAAAAUUGGGAUGUAUGUAUAUGUAUGUACUUAUAUAACUGUGAUUUCCUUUAUUAUUUAAAUAGUGUUUUUUUGUGUAAACGUUUUACAGUACAAUAAUUAUACAGAUGAAAAUUACAUACUUUGCGUACAAAUAUAUAGAACAAUCUAUUUUAUUUAAAUUAUAUAUAUGAAUAUAUAAGUUUUAAGAUAUGUCAUCAACUAAAAUUGUUUUUCUUGUAAUUCCGUUUUAAAUAUAAAGUUUCAUUAAAAAAGAAUUUUAUGAGCUUUGUAUGUUAGCCGACAAUAUUUUAGAUUAGUUGUUUAAACAUAAUGAAACAAGACUUGUAGUUUUUUGCUAUAUUUUUAAUUAUAUUAAAUUUGCAUUUAUUACUUAUAUAUUCUCUCAAAACAGGACAAGGUAUAUGUCUUUACUUGAGUUGGAUUAAUAUAAUUGAAUAUGUUAGUUCCUAGCUCUCUAUGUUGAAAAAAAAAAAAAACGGGAGAAAAUAGGUACUAGUAAGUUUUCUUACUUGUGUUUAUAAAAGUUGAAUAUAUAUUUAAUUUCUAAUUUGUGAAUGGAGAAAUUCUAAGAUGGCAAUUUAUGAAUUUUUUAGGCAAUAUUUGUUAUGGGUUGUUAUUGGUUGUGGCAAGGUUAUCAAACGACUAUGAAUCUUUUGCAUCUCUUAACGCAGUCGCCAAUGUAUUUGCCUUGCAACUUCAUUUUUGUUUGUAUAACAAAUAUUGUAAUCCGUGUUGUUUCUUUUGCUGGAAAAUACAGGUUGCAGGUUAAAAUAUCCGCUUCACUCAAAUCAUAUUGUAAUGAAUAUUAUAUACACUUGUAAAGAGGGUAUCUUAAUUGCUAUGUUAAUAUGGAAUGAGUUUAUAUGGUUAAAAAAAUCCGUCCUUGUUUAUAAAAAAUGUUUAUUUUUGUACUGGAUAAAUAUGAAUAAAUGGUUGAGUUCAA